CUGCUCGUGGCAAAAUGGCGACCGACGAAUCACAAAAUGCUAAAAAAAGGAGAAGUGGAUGGGAUCAGCUAGUGCCAAAUGAGAAGGAGCCAGAGCAGACGGGGCGUCUGAUAACCCCUGCCACUCUGCCGGUCCUCAAUGCCGACCAGCUACAAGCUCUCCAGUUGGCCAAACGCUACUGCCAGGACAUCUCCAACAAGUUUCAACAACAGAAGCAGGCCCAGCAGCAGGUGAGUCAGAUGCAGCAACUGCAGGAUGCUGCCAACAGACAGCGAGCACUGCUUCUAAUGAGUCGUAUCUACAUCGGCAGCAUCAACUUUGAACUCGGGGAAGAAGCUGUGAGGUGCUGCGUUUGAGCCGUUUGGAACCAUCAAGGCUCUCAACAUGUCCUGGGACAGUGCCACCAUGAAGCACAAGGGCUACAGUUUCAUAGAGUAUGAGACAGCAGAGGCAGCUCAGCUGGCCCUGGAGCAGAUGAACGGAGUGGUCAUGGGAGGCCGGAACAUCAAGGUGGGAAGACCCAACAACGUUCCGCAGGCAGCUCCAGUCAUAGCUGCUAUACAAGAAGAAGCCACCAGGAUUCCUCGUAUCUACGUAACCUGCAUCCAUCUGGACCUCAGCUCCCAAGAUGUCAAGAGUGUUUUUGAAGCGUUUGGUAAGGUGACCAAGGUGGACCUGGCCCCCAGUAACGCGGCGGGGAAACACAGAGGGUGGGGCUUCGUCAACUACGCCUCGCAGAAGAGUUCCCAGGAUGCCAUAACUUCCAUGAACCUGUUUGACCUCGGAGGCCAGUUUCUCCGAGUCCGUGGGGCGCUGACUCCGCCGAUGCAGCUGUACCCACCCAAUGCUGCCCCAGUCCUCCCCACGAUACUCACCACUCCAUUCGGAACUGCUGAGGAGAUGAACGCCGCUGCCCAGCAGGCUGCAUCUGUAAUGCCGAUCCUCAAUACUAUCCCCAACCUGCCUGAGCCCGCCCCCAAGGUGGCUGAUUCAGCUGCCAGCUCUACUACUGGUAUAAGAGUCGAUGCUAAGAACCUGGACGCCAUUCAAGCCAAGCUCCAGAUGGCCCAGGAAGAGAAGCAGAAGCACACUGGACAAGAGGUGACGACACUCCAACAGGAGGAGAAUGUCUCCAUCUCUGGCAGCAAUGCCCGACUCAUGAUCAUGAAAAAACUCUCCCGGAAGAGCGAGUCGUCGGUGAUAGUACUGAGGAACAUGGUGGUUGCAGAGGACCUGGAUGAGGAACUGGAGGAUGAGGUGACGGGGGAAUGCAGUAAGUACGGAGCUGUCGAGAGGGUGGUCAUCUAUCAGGAGAAACAGGGGGUGGAGGAUGACGCUGAAACCAUCGUCAAAAUCUUUGUCAUGUUCUCCAAACCUUCUGGUUAGAUGUGGAGGAGAGUGAAGGGUUGCAUCAGUUUUAUGUUGCAGCUCAGUGACCAGUCCAUUUGUCAUAGAGCGUGUGGAUAUCAUAAAUUCUCUCUCUCUUCUCUUUCUCUGUGUGAGCAGAGGCUGAGGCAGCCAUAUCUUCCCUGAACGGACGGUGGUUUGGAGGCAAGAUGAUCAAGGCACAGAUGUAUGACCAAGCCAAGUUUGAGGCCAAUGAGCUCUCUCAGUGACUCUAACACACACACACUUACAAUCAUCUCUCUGUAUUGUACACAAGCUUACUGCUUUGCUGAAUCCUCAGAAAUAAUGAUUUUCAAAUUUCCCAC